AUGAAGAUUCAAUCUUUUAUCGUCCUCACAUCUGUGGCAGUCGGCACUGUUCAAGCCGGACCACCACCACCGGCAGGACAGCCAGGACCGCCAGGACCACCCAAUGCCGGUGCGCUCAAAGGUCCCAAAGGAGGGAAAUAUGACGAGGGCAAGUGGAAUCACGACAACAACAACAAUGCCCCCUCAUACGACGGAGAUCAUCCAUACGGGGGUGCAAUUCCCAAGUAUGGAAAUGAUGAUGAUAAUGAUCGCGAUGAGGAUUGUGAUUACUACAACAACCAUCCCAAGUAUGAWCGCGAUGGGAACUUCAUUUCAGCUCCACCCCACUGCUCGGGAGGCGGACGAUCGCAGCAGCAUGGCGACGACUGGCAGCGAGAUGAUGACGACUGGCAGCAAAAUGACAACCGCUGGCAGAAGUCUGACGGUGGCUGGAAGGUCAACAAGCGUCAGGGUGGUGGACCUGAUCAAAACGGCGGGAAUCGURGCAAUGAUGGUGGAAAUCGUGGAGUCGAUAACAACGGCGAUGGACGUGUCGAUGGCGAUGAAGGCRGCAGGUACGAUGACGGACAGUACAGGGAUGGAAACGGCUAUGGAGCAGGAAGAUAUGCUAACGGAGACGAUAGAGACGGCGACAGAUAUAGAGAUGGGGACAGGGAUGGAGACAGAGACGGGGAUAGGGAUGGAGACAGAGACGGGGACAGAGAUGGAAGAUGGCGAGGCGCAGCAGGUACUACGACCGUUCCGUUGUUGGGAGUGGUUUCUGUGCUUGCUGUGUCGUUCAUGAUGCUGGGUUGA